UUUCUUCUUUCACCAUCACGACUCGUUCCAGUUCUGUCUGUGGACGAGAAUCAUUCUCGUUGCUCAUACAUCGUCUUUACUGGCUGGGUAACGAUACAUACCUGGCCCUUUUUUUGGUACCCUGGCCUAUCCUCGAUAAUAGCCAGCGGCACUUCAAUUUCAGAAGCUAGCGCCAUUUUUCGCCUUUUGGCUGUCGACCCUUCACGGUUCUAGCAGACCGCAUAUCGUCGGAGAGAAACUCGCUGGCCGCCCCUUCGUUGCUUACUCACAAUCACUUUGGACGAUGAAAAGAAUCUGUUUGGUAUUGAAGGGAUGGAAGAGAGAUUUCUGGAUGCAACGAAGAAACCAUAUGACUCUUCCGGUAUCUGGCUCAAUUCCCCAGAAAUGCCGCCGCACCCCAGGAAACCCUAUUUCCAUGUCGUUCGAUGCAAGACCAAAAUUAUCCAUAGCGUCGGGGCACCCGACGAUAGUUCAUUAACCCUCUCGACGCUCGGUCUCACUCAAAUGCUCGACGGUCGCUCGUUUCGUAGCCGCAAGAUCCCAUUUAUAUCUCAUACACCAGCGAGCACGACGUACUGGAAGGAUGUCACUACUGGAGGGCCAGGCGUGUUUCUUGUAACACUCUGCAAGAAAGCAGAUCCUAGAUGGGAAGAACAAGGGUUGAAGGUGGCUAUAUGCCUGACCCUUAAAAUAUUAGAUGACGAAGAGAUGCGCGAUGCACCCGAUGGCAUGAAGCUCGUUUUCCUAGCUCCCGCGCCCACGCCCGACAUUUAUCUCGUUAGAAAGAAUCACAACUGGAUAGCGAGUAACCUUCGAAACCCAACUCCCACUCAACUCAAGUCACUUUUUGUGACCUCGUCCAAUAUUCAACCGCCAUCAGCCAUUGACGAUUUUUUUUGGCUCCGGCCAUCAUUUCGUUCUCUGCGGUAUCAGAUGCCAUAUAGCUUAGUGCAGGACCGGGAUAUUCCGUAG